GCUCAGAUCCCGCCCUCCGCUUUCCCCUCCAUAUCCAAUCUUCUGCUGAAUCAUUUCAAAGCUGGAUAAACCCUUCCCCAAAAUUUCUGGAUUUCCUCCUAUUUUCAAUAUCCCCCCCUAAUCCUCUACGGAUAAGGCAAUUUUUCCCAACUACCCACACAGAAGUAAAACGAAGCCACCUAGCAGCCACCCACACCCACAAACAAAAAGAGAAAGUGAUUCAGAGGGUUUCAUUCAUGGGUUGGAUUCUUUUGUACUUGUAAUGCGUGAUUCUCCAAUCUUUAUCAUCUACAAUUUACUCACUCUAUCCCUUCUCCGGUUACCCAAUUGAACCAUUGAACUAUGGAUUACUCUGCAGAAAAGGCAGGCAAACAGCUGCACGACCCACUCUUCAACAAGAAGCCAGCGGCCGCCGCCUCCCCGCCUCGGGUAUGGGUGGGCGGACCCCUCAUCGUGGGCGCCGGCCCGUCGGGCCUCGCCUCCGCCGCGUGCCUCAAAGCGCUAAACGUUCCGAGCUUGAUCUUGGAGAGGGCCGACUGCGUGGCUCCUCUGUGGCAGCUCAACACCUACGACCGCCUCCGCCUGCAUCUCCCAAAGCAAUUCUGCGAGCUCCCUCUCAUGCCAUUCCCCAAGAGUUUCCCUGCCUAUCCGGGUAAGCACCAGUUCGUGGACUACCUGAGGUCCUACGCCGCCGGUUUCAAUCUGAGCAUCGUGUUCGGGGCGAGGGUGGUGGCGGCGGAGUUCGAUGCGAGGAGCGGGUGGUGGCGGGUGAGGGCGGUGGUGGGGAGAGAGAAAGAGGAGAGGGAGUAUGUGAGCCGGUGGCUGGUGGUGGCGGCGGGGGAGAAUGCCGAGGCGGUGGUGCCGGAGAUGGAGGGGAUGGGGGAGUAUGAGGGGAGGGUGGUGCAUACGAGUGUGUACAGGAGUGGGGAGGAGUUUAGGGGUAAGAGGGUAAUGGUGGUAGGGUGUGGGAACUCGGGCAUGGAGGUGAGUUUGGAUCUUUGCGGCUAUAAUGCAAGCCCCCACCUCGUGGUUAGAGACUCGGUGCACGUAUUGCCACAAGAGAUGCUGGGAAUGUCGACGUUUGGGGUGUCCAUGUGGUUGCUGAAGUGGCUGCCGGUGAGCCUGGUCGACCGGCUUUUGCUCAUGGUGUCAGACUUCAUGCUGGGCGACACCGCCCGCCUAGGCCUCCGCCGCCCCAAGAUCGGCCCUCUCCAAUUCAAGAACAAGUCCGGCAAGACCCCCGUCUUGGAUGUUGGCACCAUCGCACUCAUCAAAAGAGGCCACAUCAAGGUUCGCCCGGGUAUAAAGCGACUAACACAGCAUGGUGUGGAGUUCGUUGAUGGAAGUAUAGAGAAUUUUGAUGCUAUCGUCUUAGCCACAGGUUACAAAAGCAAUGUACCUUCUUGGUUAAAGGAGAAUGAUUGGUUUUCAAAGCAAGAUGGAAUGCCAAAGAAGCCAUUCCCAGAUGGAUGGAAAGGGGAGCAGGGCUUGUACACAGUGGGAUUUUCGAAACGAGGGCUGCUUGGUGCCUCCAUAGAUGCCAGAAGGAUCGCACAAGAUAUACACCAAAAUGCAGCAAAGCUUGGCCUCAUAAACAAUUCCCAUGCACACAAUUAAUUAAAGAAUAUUAGUUUCACUAUUAUAUUAUAAUGGAACAUAGAAAAAGGGAUUGAGUGUUGAGUAUAUGUAUAUGUUGCACUUUUUUUUUUUUUGUUUAUGUAUUUAGCCAUACAUGAGAGAGAGAGAGAGAGAGAAUACUUAUUUUGUGGGUUUUAGAUUUUUUUUCCCCGUUUUUUUACGACAACAGUUGUAAUAACGACGAACAAUAUGUUCGGUACUAAUAUAUAUAUUGAUCUAUAUUUGAUAUAUAAAAA